AAUUAAGGGAGUGCCCAUAACACUUAUCGAAAGUAUCGGAAAUUAGAGUUCCAUUUUUGCAUUGAUAAUUUUGCAAAUGCAUACCAUUUUUCGAGGCCCGCUGCUAUACCGCCGAUUUUGCCAAAUAAUUGUACCCAAAGCACUGCCCAGAAAUUACAUUCAUCAAGGAUUGCCUUUCAAUUUAACUAGAGCCAUGCCAAGUACCUUGUCCGCAAAGCUCGCCUAUCCAAUUGCUCGGAAAGAUGAAACCGUGGCGGAGGACUUUCAUGGCACCCAGAUCAAGGAUGUGUACCGUUGGCUAGAAGACCCGGACUCAACCGAAACCGAGGCAUUCGUGAACGCCCAGAACAGCAUAAGCCGGCCCUUCCUCGAGAAUGGAGACGAAUGGAAGAAGCUGAACACGAAGCUCACCAAGCUGUGGAACUAUCCCAAAUAUGGAUGCCCCAUGCGAUAUGGCGACUAUUACUAUUACUUCAUGAACACUGGCCUGCAAAACCAGAGCGUCAUGUACCAGCAGAAAUCGCUGGGUGACGAGAGUGAAAGCAAGGUGUUCCUGGAUCCAAACACUCUGUCCGAGGAUGGUACCAUCGCCCUGACCCAGAAGUCCUUCUCCGAGGAUGGCAAGUACAUGGCCUAUGGGCUAAGUGAAAGUGGAUCCGAUUGGAUCAAGAUUCUUAUUCGAGAUGCGGAGACUGGAAAGGAUCUGAGCGAGGUUCUCGAAAAGGUAAAGUUUUCGGAGAUUUCGUGGACAAAAGACAAUAAGGGAUUUUUCUAUGGUAGAUAUCCUGACCAAGAUGGAAAAACCGAUGGAUCUGAGACUAAACAAAAUGAGAAUCAGAAGUUGUACUAUCAUCGAGUUGGAGAGAGUCAGGACAAAGACACACUUGUGGUCGAGUUUCCGGAAGAGCCUUCGUGGCGCAUCCAAUCCACCGUCUCAGAUUGUGGAAAAUACUUGAUUCUGGCCAUUGUUAAAGAUUGUCGUGACAACAUCGUGUUCUAUGCUGAUCUUACGCCAGGUGCGGAAAUAAACUCCAAGCUGAAUGUUAAGAAAAUAGUGGAAAAGUUCGAGGCGGACUACGAUUACAUUACGAACGAAGGCUCGAAGAUUUUCUUCCGUACAAAUAAAAAUGCACCAAAUUACCAAGUUAUUGCCAUAGAUUUCAAUAAUCCAGCGGAGGACAAAUGGGAAACGCUCAUAGCCGAGCACAAGUCGGAUGUUUUGGACUGGGUUAAGUGCGUUGAUGCUGAUAAACUGCUCGUUUGUUACAUAAGGGAUGUGAAGAGCGUAUUGCAAGUGAAUUCUCUGAAGGAUGGAACCCUGUUGCGUGAAUUCGACUUGGAUAUCGGCACCAUUGUGGGAACCUCUGGAGAGAAGAAAUAUUCCGAAAUAUUCUACAACUUUUCGUCCUUUUUGAACCCCGGCUCUAUUUAUCGUUAUGAUUUUAAGACACCUGACCAGUCGCCUUCAGUAUUCCGCGAAAUUAAACUGAAUUUAGAAGGAUUCCGUCGCGAGGACUACGCCGUUGAGCAGAUAUUCUACAAGAGCAAGGAUGGCACCAAGGUUCCGAUGUUCAUAAUUAGAAAAAAACGUGAUAGUGUUGUGCCGCGACCAUGUUUGCUUUACGGAUACGGUGGCUUCAACAUCAGCAUGCUGCCUUCCUUCGGACUAUCAGGGCUUAUGUUCAUAGACACUUUUGAUGGUGUGCUCGCCUAUCCGAAUCUGCGAGGUGGUGGCGAAUAUGGCGAGAAAUGGCACAAUGGCGGUCGCCUGCUGAACAAGCAGAACGUAUUUGAUGACUUCCAGUCAGCUGCCGAGUAUUUAAUCGAGAAUAAGUACACGACCAAGGAUCGUUUGGCCAUUCAGGGUGGUUCCAACGGAGGCCUUUUGGUCGGAUCCUGUAUCAACCAACGUCCGGAUUUGUUUGGAGCUGCUGUGGCUCAAGUUGGUGUCAUGGAUAUGUUGCGCUUCCACAAGUUCACAAUUGGUCAUGCUUGGUGCUCGGAUUACGGCAACCCAUCGGAGAAGGAGCACUUUGACAACCUGUACAAGUUCUCUCCGCUGCACAACGUGCACACUCCGAAGGGCGCCGAAAUGGAGUACCCAUCUACUCUGAUUCUGACCGCCGACCACGAUGAUCGUGUCAGCCCCUUGCAUUCGCUGAAAUUUAUUGCGGCCCUUCAGGAAGCUGUUCGUGACUCCAAGUUCCAAAACAAUCCGGUUCUGUUGCGGGUCUACCAGAAAGCAGGCCAUGGAGCUGGCAAGCCGACAUCGAAGAGAAUCGAGGAAGCCACCGAUAUUCUGACUUUCUUGUCCAAAAGCCUCAACGUCGACACAGUCAACGUUUGAGUGGUUAACCAUAAACAAAUUGCAUUUCUCAAGGUCGAGUAAAAACCGCGUAUAUAAAAUGUAUUCAAUAUUUUCACAAAUAAACUAUACACCCAAAUGAGA